AUGCCAUCCAUCGGCUCAUCAUCUAUUGAAGAGUUCAUGGGCGGACUUAUAGUCUGCAUAGAUAUUGCUAUCCUUCUGUACGGGAUCGUCACCGCACAGACAUAUUUUUAUUGGUGGGCAUCACAUGAGGACUCGAAAUUACUUCGCUCCUUGGUCGCAUCUGUAUGGUUUCUGGAGACAUUACACACGCUGUUCUGCAUCCACAUGGCUUAUUACUACACGAUAAUCAGCUUUGGGGACAUGAACGGUGUUCGUCAGUUGGUUUGGAGUGCCGCGGCUACAACGUUCACAGAGGCUCGGUUCAGAGGUAGGACCUUUAUGUGUUCCCUGGCAACGUCUCAUAAUCUUCUCGCUAAGCUAUUUGAUCUGGCGAACCUGGAUAUUGAGUCGAAGAUCUAUGGCUCUGAUCGCCGUACUGGUAAGUCUUCUUCUGAAAGUGGAACAUAUUUGAGCUUGAGUAUCGCAAAGGCAAUCGUGCUCUUCAUGCGCAUCGCGGCCGGGUUUGCCGCAACGAGCUUCAUGUGGGAAAUUGAUACUUGGGCCAAGUUUGCAACAUUCUAUGGAGCGAGGAUUGCGUGUACAUGCGCCCUCGUCCUGUCAGGAGUUCUAGACGCCCUCAUCGCUCUCAGCCAGAUUUACUAUCUUUGGACUAGCCGCACAGGCUAUCAGGUGACAGAUAAUUUAGUUCGGAAGCUGAUGACCUACGUUAUCAACACCGGUGCUUUGACGAUGUUCGUUACGAUGGCAGCUAUAGCGACGUUUUGGGCACCAGCCUUGAGUGGGAGAAGUCUGGUUUUUGUUGGAUUGGUCGAGAUUCAGAGCCAACUUUAUGCGAACACGCUGAUUGCAGCGCUGAACACACGACAGCACCACGGCCUCGCAACUGGACGACAGCAUUCCUCUAAUCUGGUCGAGAUCGGGCUUCAUCCUUCCCCUCUUAUUGACGAUGUCGGACCAGCAAAACAUCCAGAUACUAUGUGA